AUGCUUGAUGCCGUUGUCGCUGAGUAUGGUAUUGAUUCCUCAUUUUGGGAAAUUCCCUCUUGUUUCUAUCAACGUAACGAUGAUAUUGAGGAAGCCUUCUGUGUUCCAUACACCUUCAUUCGCACAGAAUCAGUCAUAGAGGUUUCAUAUACCCUAAGAUACCCAGAAUACAAAGAAAGUGAGGACAGAUGGACCAUCAGACAAAGUGGAAUCUACCACCGGUUUGAUAUCGCAACGUCCAAAAGCCUAUUCGUUCUUUUCAACCCCACACCUCGGUCUCGCGCACACGAUGAGGUAGAAAGGUUCCUGCGUGGCUCUCCCUCAUUGACAAAGAGAGAGCCCUUCUGGCUACAUCGGAUCCUGUUCUCCAUAUAUACGCCGGCUUGGAGGGGUUACAUCGGGUCAUUAGAGCGUCGAUUUCUGCCUAUUGCCAACACUGCAUUUGCGACUUUCAUCGAGGAGCCAUUGCGUCUGAACUAUGAUAAUCUCAGCACACUGAGUAACUUGGAAAUUCGCUUUCUCCAAGUUCCAGCCAUGAUUACAUCUACGACAGAAGUCAUCGACGAGCUAUGUACACUUUUUGAGGCCAUAUCACGCCCCGAUUUUGAAAGCCAGGACUUGCAGAAUCAUCGUCGCAAGUGCCUGGUCUCUUCUCGAACUGCGACACAUCUCAAGGAGCGAGUGCAAACAAUUGCCCGCUUGCUUGCAGAUACACUGCUACUCCGCGAUCAAAUAGUCGCAAGGGAGCAAAACAAGAAUAUCUUUCAGCUGAAUAAGUCGGCUGUCUUCAUCACUACUCUGACAUUGCUCUACCUUCCGGCUUCGUUUCUGGGCACUUUCUUCGGUAUGAAUUUCUUUGCCAUGGACCAAACCAAUAAUCGCAUUGUCGGAACUCCUAUGGUGUGGAUAUAUGUGGUCGCUUCAGCUGGACUCACCGCGUUCACGUUCCUGUUCUACUACUGGCUAUUGCAUCGCGAUGGGUUUGUGUUCCGCAAGCUGGUGCCAAAAGUUCCUGAGUGGAAUAUCCAAAAUUUGAGACGGCAAUGGACAAGUCGCAUGAAGGGCGAUGUUGAACUGCAAGGCUUUCAAAUGUGA